UAACGCGCGAGGCGGCCGCUUCUCGGUGUUGGUGGCCGAGGCGCAGAGUUGGUGGCGUCGGUUGUGAGGAGAUUUGACGAGCCGAGGGAUUUUAUCGGUGACUUUGAGCGUCCACAACAAAAUUAAACGACGAGGAGGAGCACUUGGGAGUCGAGAUAAAAAGUUGAGGCGGUCGACGCUGACGGAAGAGAAGUGCGAAAGGAUGUAAAUAGCGCUGGCGGGGAGGCAGCAGCGCCAUGUACAGCGGCAUGCGGGGCGGCGGGACCGGCCAGGGCGUGGGGCCUGGCGGGGUGGGCUCGGUGCUGCCGGUGGUGGGCGGGAAGUCGCUGAGCGGCGGUGUCGGCGGCGGCGGUGGCCGGGGCCACCACCGCGCAAGCUUCUUCAUCCUGCUCAAGGACCAAGAUGUGGACGAGCGGUGCGGGCCCGUGCCCAAGGGCAGCAUCUGCUUCACCGCCGACGGGCAGGACAUCUGGGAUGCGCAGGGACGAACAAUGCUUGCUGUGACCUUUGUGGACUACCUGGACACCAUCGCCAAAGUGCUUCCAAAGGCAUUGAAGCGGUGCUGCAGUGAGCUGGAGGAGGACCUGGCGCUGUGCCUCAUCGCGAUGCCGUCUCGUGAGGACCGCUUGCGCGUCGUCGGUGACGCCGGGCGCCUGGAGAUGCUGCGCUCGCUGCGCCCCGGCGCCGUGGUGCGCGUGAACCUGGCGGUGGCCGGGCCGCGCGAGGCCAUCGGCGUCGUGCGCUACUGCGGCCCGCUCGACGACCGGCCCUUCUCCGGCACCAGUUUCGGCAUCGAGCUGCAGGGAUAUUACCGGGGCAAGGGCGUGACGGACGGAACGUACAGUGGCAAGCGCUUCUUCACGUGCGACGAGGAGUGCGGCGUCUUCGUGCACCUGAACCGCAUCGUGCGUUUGGAGAGCGAGGACGAGAAGGACUACCUGUACCCCGAGCGCGUCAGCGUGCUGGACAGCCUCUCCCUGGACGGCAACAGCUAUAAUGCGCUGGGACUGGGGGGCAGCGGCGCUAACGGGGGGCCCUCGGCGCCGAGGCCGAUGAGGCCCAGGAGCACGCGGGACUUGUCGCCCGAGCACGGAGCCCAACUGCCGACCGUGCAUUCGGGAAGCCGGUACGCCGCGGGGUCGGACCUGACGUCGCAACAGUAUCAGAAGGACCCCUCGCGCAACAGCUUGGCCGUGGGCAAGCGGCUCGCCCACCAGAGCUACAAGGCCAUCGGCGAAGGCCGCUCCUUCCUCAACAACCACAUGCACAACAGCGGCAUCGGCAACCACGCGCCCGACUUAAAACGCGGCCUUGGCGGCAGCCUCGUCGCCCCAGGGGACGGCGCCGCCGACGACUAUCUCCCGUCGAAGUACGCCCAAUCGGCCGAGACGUCUCUGCAGACGGGCGGCCGCAGGGGCGGCCCCGUGUUCUCGUCGUCGCCGCCGCCGUCGUCUUCGCCGGCGGUGCUUGGGCAGUCGAGGGGUUUGGGCGGCAGGCAGAGACCGGGGAGCGAGCCGGCAAGCCAGUUCUACAACACGCUGGGCGGCACGCCCAUCGGGCAGAACUCGCAGACGACGUGGUACUGCGGCUCGCCGGCUGACCCAGACGCCGUGACGAGCUUGGGCGGGCGAUUCAAGUCGGAGCUGAGCCUGAAGCCGCUGCGGCCGCACGUGCCGCACACGUGGCCUGACAUGGGCCUGCGUUCGCUCGGCGACGCGGCCAGCGUCACCAGCGGCUUGGGCAGCAGCUGUUCCGUGGGCGGUGGCGGCAGUGAAGGUUUUGCCGCCGUGCCGUUUAGUUCGGGGCGGUCUCGUCCCUCGCUCUGCAAGACCAACUCCAACAUCGCGCCUUUCUUCCCAGCCGCUGAGAUGGUCGGCGGCCGGACGGCAGGCGAGGGCCGCCCUAAGAGGCUGCCGGAAGACAACGGGCCUGGGCCUCCUGGCGGCCUCACCGAUCCCGAGGCCCCUCCGUCGCGUCCCCGCACGCUCUCGGACCCCGCGGCGGCGGUGGCGGCGAACUUAGGCGGCCUCGUCGAUCGGUCGCCGGCGACCCCUCCGACCCCGUUGUCGCCCUCGCCGGUCGGGGGCAAAUACGAGCUGGAGAAAGGCUCGCUGGUGGAGGUGAUGGCCAAGGAGAUGCGCGUGUUCGGAGUCAUCCGGUGGAUCGGCGUGCCCCUGGGCUUGGACGAGACGCUGGCCGGCAUCGAGUUGGAGGAGGAGAUGCAGGGCUGCACGGAUGGAACCUUCAAACAGCACCGCUUCUUCACGUGUCCGCUGGGGAAGGGCUUCUUCAUCCAGUUCACGAAGUGCCGUCCGGACUCGCGCUUCAUGUCCGUGCCGCACAUCGGCCUCGACCCCGUGCAGCGCUGCAACUCGCUCGCGUUCAGCAACUACCGGAGCGAGCGCGUGGAGGGCGAGGUGCCUCCCCCUUCGGAGAAGGAGGCCACGGCGGUGGUGUGCGGCCGCACGAAGGGCAUCCAGGGCCACUACAACUCCUGCUACCUGGACUCCACGCUCUUCUGCAUGUUCGCGUUCAGCACGGUGUUCGACGGCAUGUUGCACCGGCCGCAGCGUUCCAGCGACCUCAAAGAUUACCCUAAGGUGCAGCAGCUGCUUCGCGAGGACAUCGUGAACCCGCUACGCAAGAACGGCUUCGUGAGCGCCACCAAGGUCAUGCAGCUGCGGAAACAGCUGGACAAGAUCGGCUACGUCACGGGGCUGACGUGCGAGGAGAAAGAUCCCGAGGAGUUUCUCAACACCCUGUUCCAGCACGUGCUGAAGGUGGAGCCCUUCCUGAAAAUCCGAUCUGGAAACAAGGACUUCCAGGACGGCCAUUUCUACCAGAUCUUCACGGAGCGUGACGAGCAGGUGAAGGUGCCCACGGUGCAGCAGCUGCUGGAGCAGUCGUUCCUCGCCGCCGACCUCAAGCUCGUGGAGACGCCCUCCUGCCUCAUCGUGCAGAUGCCCAGGUUUGGCAAGGACUUCAAGAUGUUCAACAAAAUCAUCCCCUCCCUGGAGCUUGACAUAACGGACCUGCUGGAGGACGCGCCGCGGGAAUGCCACAUCUGCGGCGGUCUCGCCGAGGAGGAGUGCAAGGAUUGCUACCACGACCCAAGGAUGGGACCCAGUUGCCUCAAGCAGUUCUGCUCAAUGUGCAACAAACAGGUGCACAACCACCCCGACCGGCAGCAGCACCGCUCGGUGCGGAAGCUCGUGGUGACGGAGGAGGUGCGCGCCGCGUUCCUGGGGCCCGGCCGUCAGCGUCGGCACGGCGGCGGCGGCUGCCUCGGCGUGGCCCGCGAGAAGCUGGAGCUGUUUGCGGUGCUCUGCAUCCAGACGAGCCACUACGUCGCCUUCGCCAAGCACGGCCCCGCCCCACAGUCGUGGCUCUUCUUCGACAGCAUGGCCGACCGUGAAGGCGGGCAGGAGGGCUUCAACAUCCCGGAGGUGCGCGAGUGCCCGGAGGUGGCGCAGUACCUGAGCAUGCGCCCCGAGGAGCUGGAUGGCCUGGACCCGCGCGUCAUGGAGGGCCCGGCGUCGCGCCUUCUGUGCGACGCGUACAUGUGCAUGUACCAACACCGCGACAUGAUGCUCUACAAGUGACCGUUGCCGCCUGCUCGCCCGCCCGAUCCGCAUCCGCCUGCUCGCCCGAUCGCCCGAUCGCCCGCCAGAUCAACCGCCCACCCAACCACCCACUCACGUCUUCAACUCUCUGUUCUUAUUCUUUCCCAUCUGAGGGUUCUCCUUGCUCAUGCGGACUCUUGGGUCCCUUAUGUCCUUCUCCUCCUCCUCCCCCGGUCGAUCGGUGCCGCCACCAUUGGGUACAGCAAAACGUGCAGUGCGAGACGUUACGGAGAGAGCGUUGAGGCUGUACGUAGCUCUCGAUACGGACGAGAGGGAGAUGUCGGGCAAUAAUAUCCGCUAUUGGUUUUAUCGCACGAUAAGGUUAUUUGCAAAUUGGCGAUCGUUGACCAUAACGGGAACAUUUGUAAUUUUCCUUCAAUUGUAACGUCUGCAAUGAAAUCGCCACGGUGCCGAAUUCACGAAACCCGACGGCCCCUCUCUUGGUAGGUUCCCAGAUCGUGGCCUUUCUUCCGGCUCCAUUCCAUGAUUGCUCCUCCGUAGCUUGGAAGCCCCUUCCCCCGGCUGUCCGUGCUGUCGAUUCCCUGCCCAAUGACUGUCACUUCUCCUACAUGUGUGGCAAGAAUAACUUCACGUUGGUUUGUGCGGAGAGACUUGCUGCGCACUUGCAUUUAAAUGCAGUGAAAAUUCAAAUCCGACUCUGCCUGCUCCCCCUUCUCUCCCUUCUACACCUGCCCAGUCUCUCUCUCCCCGUUGUUCUCUCCACUUCACUGCCCUUCUCUCCCUAAGGAUUCUCUCCCCCUCCUCCUCGCACACCCCCUUCUCAUUACUUCUCCACUCUUCGUCAUCUCCCUCCCUCCCCCUUCCCUCGUUCUUUCUCAAGGGCACUCACAAUUUGCGUGGCUGCUCGCGACUUUCAACACUCGGGGGAUGGGGGGGUGUGUGGAAGUUUCGUCUCGUCUGUUUCGGGUCAUCUUCCCAUACCCCAAAGAGAUGUGUAUACAUUUUUUGUUAUCUCGUUUUUUGUUUUGUUUUGAUCGUUUACGUUAUUAUUAUUAUUAAUGUUUUUGCAUUUAUAAUUUUUUUUGUUAACAUCGGUCAUUAUGAUCGGUUGUCGGAAUUUUCUUUUUGUAAUUAUUGUUGUCGGGGUCUGAUUUCUGGUGUUUUUAUUGCGUGCAAUGUCUGUUGGAUUUUUACUCGCAACCCCGUCAGCCGGGACGGGACUGUCCGACGUUUGUAGCCGCGCUCGCGCCCGAUACAGCCAGAGAGUGCGAGGUGCCGCCUUCAUUCGUUGAGCCUCGCGGGAAAAAAGCUGCGUCCGUGGGCAAGCCACCCGCCGCGGCCGCCACUUUUCCCAAACCUCGCUCGCCACCGUACACCACAAGCAGAACCGGCUGAUUGUCGGCGAACAGGCAGCAAGGCUACGACGGUAGUCGCCACCGAUCCUGGCAUCUGAGCUUCCUUCGCGCCAGAACAGUCGUCGCUCAACCCCGGUGGGCACGCGUGGUCUUACAACGUGGCGCCGCUGUCGCCACUCGAUCGGAAUCGAUUUAUCUUAGGAGAAACUUGAGACGCAGCUUUUAACGCCACCUGAACCGGGCUAGGGUUUACUGUAUAGGCUGGACCUGCCCCUAAAUCACAAGGCCAACGUCAUCCCGGCGUGCGUAGGACAGUCCGGGGGACCCCCCUGCCUCCGCUGAGAGUCGAGUGCGCGCGCGCGUGUGAUUCCCGCGUAUUGUGCGUGGGGUCGAGUUGGCGCGCCGUCACGAUGCCGAAUGUCGCUCGCUCACCGUUCGCGUCACCGUCGGCGUAGGCGAGCUCGCCCCGCUGUCUUACGCCGUCGCCUUUAUCAACGUCAGGAAACCCGCCCUGCCCCCCCUGACCCCGCCCGUCCACGCGGCUGUUUAAACGCUCGGUUAAUUUGGCGGCGAAAAAGGAAAAAAAAGAAAAAAAGUUACAAAAAAAACCUCCCCAGUGCAUGUUGCUCCGCGGGCGAUCGCCACUAGACUCCCCCCCCCCCCCCCCCCGCUGCCGCAAGCCGUGGCGGAGAAGUACACAAUACGGUGUGACGCGGCGGUGUGCCAUUCGUCGCGUUGACGCAACCCGCUAAGAGUUUUCCCCAUCGUCCCCGGGCUGUGCACUGUGGCCAUCGUGAACGUUGUGUUUGUGACCGUCGAGGAAAAGCAAUGAUUCCCUUUAUCACGCGAACGUCGCUGCCUCCUCCGCCUCGUUGCUCCCUUAUUCCCGUGCACUUAGCCUGUGGCUCGUGUGUGUACAGUUUUGUAUUUAAUGCGAUAACCGCGUAGAACCCCCUGCGCGCGCUCUUGUCGGCUUACGAAGCGCGAACUUGGGUCCGCCAAGCCUGAAUGUACCACAUCUUAGGGAAUCGUGUACCGCGGCUGUACGUUGAAUCGUGAUACCGGUCGGAUUUGUGUGCUGUCAGUAUAACGUGACCCGUGCUUUUACUGCUGCCAGCAGCAGCAGCAGCAGCAUUUGCAACCAGGUCGGUGGCCGCACGCCCACAGCGUGCGGUCUUACUUUUAAGGCCCUCAAGCGACGGUGCAGUUGUGAGCCCCAGCCAAUCACCAGUUUGAUUCGCGGCCACGUCUAAAGUCAGUGUCGAGUGAUACCUGAACCGGUCUUGCCACUGCCCUACUCCCUUCUUGGUCAACCCCCGACUGACUGGUGUGGUGAAGUAUGGUUACGCAUCCCCCAUGGCUGACAACGCUCGGCCAUUGGAUUGACCGAGGCUGUAAAUUUACAACCAUUAUUAAAUAUCUUUGAGCGGGAAACUUGACUUUUAAUGGGGGCUCGCAGUGGGGUGGCUUCAGAACCUCUCCACUGCUGGCUUAUGAUGAGCCACUGCCGUGUCAAACAGAGGCGCAAUAGCAAGCCCUGCCAAUUUGGAGCACAAAUUUAUGACAAUUGUGAAUGGGAUCUGCGGGCUGCUCCUUCAGGUGAAGGCAGAAGCGAAAUCCGUGGGAAUGGCCACUAAAAUAAGUGACUGCCUAUGACCCUGGAUGUACACAGCCGAUCCACUUAUCGAUCCACUGCUGGAUGAGGGCCUCCACAGACCACGAGUCAUCGUCGAGUGCGAUGCCUCUUUCUGCUCCGCAGUGUGUCCGCUGCGCAAGGCCCCAACGGCAGCCUCAAGCAGGCCGUUCGGUUGCCCGCCGGCGGCCACCCAAUCAUGACAAUUUAGGUUCAAUCCUUGCCUCGCUUCUGAGAUUGGACAAAAAUCAAUGAAUUACGCACGACGUUAAAGUGGCAGAUAAGUUGCUACUUUGAAAGUACGUUCCGGUUAAAGCAAGACGCCGAUCCAUGGCGCUAUGUUUGAGGAUCACUUGGCCACAUUUUCUUCUGCAGAACGAUGGCUGAAUAUUCAUAAAACCAAAACAAUGUUUUGACCGAUUCUCAGCCACUGCCAAUAUCAGUGAUGAUAAACGAACCAGUCGGCACCACCUUCACCAACCCCGCACUGUAACCAGCAGAGUCCAUCAAUCUCCAUGACCUCGCCGCCAAUUAGCACGGUUGGCUACGUACGGCGCGAAAUAAGUUCAACGUACAUACAUUUGACUGUGCAGCAGCACAAAGCAUUCGCCGUUCCCUAACGCGGGACCCGCGGAUGAAAGAAACCCGUUGAGGCCGCCUUUGCCAGGGAGGGAGACCUGGGUUCAUCUCGCACCCGGAAAGGCUGGCAGUGGGCAUGCGACUUGCGUUAUACUGACAGCAGAAUUCUCCACCGGUACCAGCUCAACUCCUGUCGAUUUAUUUUCAACAACAGAAAUGUCUUCGUUUAAGCAAUGCCCGCCGUUGCCCACAAAAAAAAGACAAAUGAAUGACGACGACGACGACGAUGGGAAUGUUGAGUAGAGAAUGCCGACUGUGCCCGAAGCGACUUUGUGGUCAGUAUGGAGUGCUCGUGGGCGCAUUGUGCUGACGGCGUGUUUCCACGUGCGGAUUGUUUGCAUGGCGAGCUGCCAACUUGGUUCGUUUGAAUGGCGCGGCCUGCGGUUGUUCGGGUGAAAUGCCCCUUGUUAAGGACGCCACGAUCUCUUGCUUUGCAGCCAAAGUGCGAGCAACUCCGCGAGCUUUUUCUUCGUUUUUUUACAGGUCACUUUCAAGAACUGAAAGCAUCCUUUUUGCGAUUUACUGUCCAGGACUUUUUAGCACUUAUGUCUGAGUGGUAAAGCCAAGCUAAAGGCCCCCCCUCCCCCCCAUGAUACUUUGGCAAUGGCAUGCCAGCAAAAUCCCCUCGUUAUUUGCGAGGGACACGUUCUUGGAGAUGCUCGUGAAUAACAAAUUGUUUGCGGAUGGUAUUGCUAAUGAAUAGCACAUUUCACGGAUAAUGAUAUUUGGCCUACGGAAACCAUUGCAUCUUUUCUUUAAUGAAUUACCUUACGUAAAUAAAUGAAUAAAUAAGUUACUUAAAUGUAUGACAAUUAUAACAUGAAAACUAUUUGAAGUGGUUAUACUAAACAUAAAGUAAAUACAAAUUAAUGUUAAUGUAUUAAAUACAAGUUUAUGAAUGAACUUACCAUAUCUCUUUCUCUAAUCACUUUAAAUGCAGUCGUGUAAAGUGGCAGGUGUGAAUCGCAGAUUGCCAAACUCGUGGAUAAGCAGGUCUGUGAAUAACGAGGGAAUACUGUACACAUCUAUUCUGUAAACUUGAGUCCGUUUUAUAUUUGGCUUAUAAACUAAUUCCGAACGAACGGGGUAUGAUCCUGGUUCCUUCCGUGCAGGAGUUUCCUUUUUCCAGAUUCCGUGUGGUAGAAGCUGACCUUAUCACGUGUGUGGCCUGCAAACAAACCCCACGUUUGACUUUGGAGGGCAUUGGCAGGUCCCUGAGAAUAGACAGGACCGCCUGUGAAAGGGUUCAAAACUGGAGGCCAAUGUCCCCCACAUCUGGCCCAACAAGCUGCCCCCCUCACAAACAAAGAGAUACAGACCCGUGACGUAUGGUGUCACGUGCUUUUCCAGCGGCGCGCUCGUGUUUCGACGCCCCGGGGUUCAAUGUCGUAGCUAAAAACCCCGGCAUAGAAGGGAACGGGAGUUCGGUCUUGCCAGUGACAAAAUACUUUGUUGAAAAGCGUUGUGGGGGGGGGGGGGGGAGGUUGACAAUCGACAAUUGGUUUGCAGAGCGCACAAAAUCUGCGAUUGAAUUGGAAGUUGCCAUUGCCAGUUGCACGCGAGGUAGAAGCAGAGGUCAGAUUCGCCGAAAAUAUACGAGCCAACAGAUUUUUUUCGUGGUAGAAAAUAGUAUUGGCAACUGUUGCCUGUGACGAUUGCCUUACAAUUGCUCCGGCUGUUUCAUGGCCUAAAGCAGUGGUUCCUAACCUUUAAUGCAGCCUUGCACCCAUUUGGUUCUCAAUUGUUCAAAACAUGUAUAAUGGUAAUAAAUGCAUCGGGUUUGAUGAAACAGA